AUGCGCCUUUUGAAGCGACUUUAUCUCGAUGACCUUUUCGUUUCUUUGGCUGCUCUGUGUCUGAUCGGAGAUUUGGCGAUCCAGCAUUAUAUGUUCAACCAGGGCAUGUCUGAAAUGGAGAAUGCAAGCGUGGAUGAGAUGAUUAAUAUGGCGAAGAUGAUCAUCCCAGGGUCCACAUUAUAUGUGACUUCGCUGUGGCUGAUCAAGUCUAGCAUGGUGAUCUUCUAUAAGCGGCUUGCAGAUCGCACUCGGUAUCAGAUUGUCUAUAACAUCGCGCUUGGAUUCCUAGCUGCCACAUGGCUGGUGCUAUUUUUCGAUAUCGUCUUCAAGUGUUAUCCGCCUCGGCGACAGUGGCAAGGAAUUACAGAUGCUGAAUUAACAUGUCCCGCAGGACCGUCUACGGUCAACUACUGGCUCACGAUUCUCUUCAACAUCUUCAGCGAUGUUCUCAUUAUCUGUCUCCCUAUUUUCCAAGUGAUGCGACUCAAGAUGCCUAAGAAACAAAAGUGGGGCGUCAUCUCCGUCUUCCUCUUAGGUGGCCUCGUAGUGAUCGCCAGCAUUAUCCGUGCAAUCUACUCCUACCGCAACGAACAAAUGAUCACCUGUACCGUUUCCAUGAUCGAAACCGCUAUCGCCAUCAUCGCAUCUUGUCUCCCCGUCCUUCGCACACUGGUAUUCGGCUCACACUCACGCACCGGAACCUAUAGUGGCCCCCGCGGCUACGAGCUCUCGCAUUCUGGUGGACAUACCGGCACAGAUACUGGCAAGCACAACGCCUCUGUUUCUGUUUCUGCAACACGGAGUGGUGUCGAUCGCAGUGCAGACGAUCUUUCGUUUCAUGAUUCUGAGGAUGGGUUGGUGAAUGAUCCGGCAUCGGUUUCGAGGCCUGGAAUUGCUGUUACACAUGAGUAUUUUGUGCAUGAGGAUACGCGGACAUUUUGA